CGCGAACGCGGCGGCGGCGGGCGCGGCGGCGGGCGCGGGCUGGGGGAGGGCGCUGGAGCUGUUGGAGCGCCUGGAGAGGCAAAGCUUGGAGGUCUCGCAUGUGAGCUUGGGAGUGAUGAUGAAGGCGAGCCAUUCCUGGUGGCGAGUGCUACGGAAGAUGCAACAGAUGCUGGAGAAAGGGAUGAGUUUGGAGAUCCGACAUGCCAAUGAACUGAUUCGGUCCUGCAAAGGCGAAACCUGGCCAAAGGUGCUAAGUGCUUUGCAGAUGUCUCUGGAAAGAGGUGCAGAGCCCACAGAGUUUACCAGUAGCUUCCUGGUUUUGCUUAAGAUGGUUUGUGUUUUCCCUAUGGUUACAUCCCUAUGGUUUUUUCCAGGUUCCUGAAGCAAAUCCAAGGCUUGGUGCUGGCAAAGUUGAAGCAGCAGUGGCCUUUGGCCAUUCAUCUGUUCCACGACCUGGCGCACCAGCGGCUGCAGCAUGAUACCGUGAGUGUGAAUGCGGCCCUAGUGGCUGCGAACCAAGAACGGCGGUAUUCCAAGAACUUUGUGAACGAGCAGCUGACCUCGGCGAGCGCCGUCGAUUCAGCCACGUGCUCCACGGUGGCGCAAGGCGGACACGACAGCGAGACAGUGCUGGAGCUACUGCAGCGAAUGAAGGCUUCCUUGCAGCAGCCCGACCUGGGCGCGCAUGACUCACUUCUGUACACCUUGCAGCGUGAUGGCCGCUGGGAGGCUGCGCAGCAGCAUGUGCAGAGCAUGCGCCACGAGGGUGUGGAGGCGAAAAGCAGCACCUGGACCUCACUGAUGGGCUCGAUGGAUCGUGGGCAGCAGUGGCUUCAGGUUCUGAAGCUGCUGGACCUGGGAAUCCAGCUCGACCUGGUCCUGGCAUCUAGUGCCAUCAGCGCUGUGCAUACAGGUCAUGGUUGGCACUUGGCGUGGCAGAGCUUUCAUCAGCUGCGCCCACGAAGCCUACAGCCCGAUGUGGCCGCCCACAGCGCGGUGAUCAGCGCGGCUGAGAAGGGACAGCAGUGGGCUUUGGCACUCGCUGCCGCCGGUGCCGGAGUGGAGUUGGACCUGAUCUCGCUGAACACCGCGGUGAGUGCCUGUGAGAAGGGCCUUCAGUGGGCGAAGGUCAAUGGGCUACUGAGUGCCCAGAUGCCCCACCGGGGCAUCACCUCGGAUGCCAUCAGCUUCAACUCGGCCAUCCUGGCGCUGACGGCGGCGCGACGUUGGCAGAGCGCCCUGGACCUGGCGCACGCCGCAGGCGAGCGGGGCAUCACCCCCCAGGUUGGGAGCUACGGCGCGUUGUUGAUGGAGUGUGAGGAGGCCAGUCCGUCCCUCUUGUCGUGUCAAGAGGAGCUGCUGCGAAGCUCGCUGGAAGCCGCAGGACUCGUGGAAAAAGGAGCGACGGCCGCGGGACUCGGCCGCGCCCGCCGGUCCGUCCGCUUCGUGGAGCUGUGCUGCCCACAGGACGAUCGGCACCACACGUUGCGCCGUGACUUUGGGAAGUUCGACGAGAAGCGCUUCUCAGAGCUGCUUGGGUUGAGCAAGCCGGUUUCUUAUCGGCUGAAGAGGUUCCGCAACUUCCUGGUGGCCGAGAACGAGCGGAACCGAAGCCGCUCGGUAUGGAAUUGGGAAAGCCUGGCGGCCACAGUCCGAAGCGGAGUCCAUGUGUUUGGAGAUGAAGGGGCGCUGAACUUGCCAAACUUCGAUCUCACCCAAGGCGGUGGCAGCCGUCAGACGGAUUUCUUUCGCUUGGCCGGGAGAGCUGAGAUGGGAUCGGCUUCAGAUGACCUGUGGCCAUACUUGGGGUUCGAGACACCGAGAACACCGCUCAAUUCCGCCGCGUUGAACCCACCCGAGCCGGGUCGAAGGGUGUUGGGCAUUUCUCCGAAGGGUCAGAUGCUUGGUCUUGGAUUUUGGAAGGUCUACCGACAGCUGAAAGCGGUUUCAGCCUUUCCGAUCCAGGAGAACCUGUCAGCUGCCAUUCUGGCGGCCUCAGAGGCCCAGGCCGCCCUGAAGCAGCCCAACCUGAGUGACCGGGACAUGGCCGAUGGCCUACGGGAGCAGGAGCUCUUGGAGGCACCGGACGGCUGGAUGGGCGUAGGAAAAGGCUUUGCUGUGGAGAAGCUCUACGUAGCCCAUGACAUGCCCGCCGGAGGGUCAGUGCCCGCCUUCGGAAUCUUCUCUUCGAGUGGGGUUCACUUUCUUUUUGGGUUCCUCCAGCCUGAAGUGAGGGUGCAAGAGCAAGCUGCCGAAGAGCCAACUUGA